UUCGAACGCCGAGCGAAAGAGAUUGCGUUUUGAUUCGGUUGGCCGCAUAUUGCCAUUGUGGUAGUUCCCUAGUUGUUUUUCAUGUUUUCAGCACCUCUGCUGGUGUCUGGGUUUAUUAUCAGGCGACUAACUUUGAAUCAUCGCCUCUUGUGACGUCGCGUAUAAUAAUUAGGUUCUGAGUGGUCCAGUGUAAUCAACAAGUACGCGAGUAGAUUUUUAGAAUCGUUAGAUAUACCAGUUGUUGCUUGGAGUGCUUGUUUCGUGGCCAGAGAAGACAAGUUGAAAUUAAUAAAACGGUUCCAAUUGACUGGAGCCAUUAAAAGUGCUCCAUUCUCUUUUUUCACGCUUAUAUCAUAUGUAUACACGGUGGAGCAUAUAUUAAUAGAAAACACAAGUGUCUUUAGUGGCAUUUUAGGUAUGUAGUGGUUAGUGCUUGUUGUUUUCACUGUUGGUUUGUCAGGUCUGGACCGCAAACUUUUAGCUCAAAGUACAAGUCAAGCCAGUAGUCCUACUUUCACAUCGAUUGUCGUACGAGAAAGUGUGUUCAUACAAACAGCAAGGUUAUCAAAAAGAAUGUAUAUUGAAAACCCUACAUAAGCACACCCAGGAGAAGUGGAAGCAAGCAAACAUAAUUGUGUCUAUACCUGUGUAUGAUCGAUCCUAUGCGCAAGAGAAACUGCUGGGUGCAACUAAAUACAGUGAGCUCACUGUUUCGGCAACAUAAGCCCAGAGGAAGUAAAGCAUAAAAAAUAGGAGUGAGGCAAAUCAAAACGAUUCAAACACUAGCGAAUAAACAAGAUCCGCGGAGUGCUUUCCAUUCUCAUGCCACUGAACAGCGGAUUGCAAUAAAGAAGUUGAUGUUGACCAAUCUUGUAUUAGAUAUCCUAGUAUGUCAGAACGCCGUGGUACGAAGGCUUUAGAACUAUGGUGUCGCCGCGUCACCGAAGGAUAUAAGGAUGUCCGGGUCACUAACAUGAGCACCUCCUGGCGCGACGGUCUUGCAUUCUGCGCAAUCAUUCACAAUUUUCGCCCGGAUUUGAUAGAUUUUGCGAGUUUGAGCAAAGAUAAGAUUUACUACAACAAUGAACUAGCUUUUAGCAUCGCUGAGAAACAUCUCAAUAUACCCUCACUGCUGGACCCGGCUGAUAUGGUGAAGUACGAAGUGCCUGAUCGAUUUUCCAUACUAACAUAUCUGUCCCAGUACUAUCGUGUGUUCAGCAAUCAAGAGCCUACCAACACCAAUAAAAAGGCCACAGGGAAGGAACCUAAAUCAGACGAUUUGGAUAAGAUAAUGGCAAACUCGAAUGGAUUUGUGGGCGUUCCGAAACGUGAGCCGUGCCGAAAGUGUGGGAACCCUGUAUUUUUUGCCGAACGGAUUAGCUUCGAGCAAAAGUUGUACCAUCGAUCCUGCCUGAAGUGUGCCCGUUGUGGCACCCAGCUGACACUGGGAAGCUUUUACGAAACGGAAACCGAUGGUGAAUAUUGCUGCGAAACGUGUCCAGAUGAAGAAAUUCAGUUGACCGAACGACGCCGGUCAGGUUCGCCACCGAAUGCAGCAAAUGACACCCAAGCGAAUGCUCGCAUCAGUCGAAGUAGUAAACUGUUGGAGCGCAUAUCCUUCUUCGAGUCAGCACCACUCAGUGAUGAAGAGAAAACUUCGAAUCUGGUAAGACGAGCUAAAAUGAGUAGUUUUCUGAAGGAGUCGCUGGACAAAGAAGAGUUACUGUAUGACGGGGACAACUCUAAAGUUCCAGAUGAGACUCGACCUGCAGAUUCGUCUGAUGGCAAAGACUUAUGCAUUCCAGAGUACGCACCGACCCUAUCAUCAGUUGUAUCUGACAGUAAUGAUGUUUGUAAUGUUGAACAUGCACCGGCACCAGCACCGGUACAAGUAGCUUCAGAGCCACCAUCGGUACCUAUGUCCAGCGAUUUACCACAAGUUGAACCGAUUGACAGUGGAACCAUUACGGAGAUACCCAGCACCAAAACGGAAGAAACUGAACGAGAAACGUUGCAACAAAUUGAAUCCGAUCUUAUUGUUAACGAUACGAGCAAUCAUUCGGAUGAAUUACAAUGUUCGUCUUCACCAGCUACCCAAAAUACUGAUACUCAUCCUAAUGUUGAAGUCAAUCCAGAAACCAGAGAAUUGACCACCGAAAUUGAAAUUGUGCAAGAGGAACAAAUUGACGCGACAAGCAAGAAUGUGUGCGAAAAAGAGGAAUUGAUUCAAAACGUGAAAUUGGAUGAAGCAGAAACAACAGAACACAACGUUGAAACUCAGCAAACAGACAGAGUUGUGGAUAAUGCAGACUCAGAAAAUGUGCCUUGUGAUGAAAAUCACAUUGAGAGAAAAGACUCGCCAGUUGGUAUAAGCGAUGAAGUGCCUCAAAUUGAUGCUGAGACUAACAGUACCAGCUUGGAAGUGACAGAUCCAAUAAGCUAUGGACCCAAUCAAUCAAAACAACUCGAAGAACCAAUUCCACCAGACGAUCAAGACAAACUUUCCAAACCCACAGAGGAAUAUCCUUCUGAUUUGAAUCCCUUUGGAGAUGAAUCGGACGUAGAUCGCACUCAUCCAACGUCGAAACCUGUUCCGUCAACGAGGAGGGUUAGCACAAAUCCAUUCGGAAGUGAGGAUGAAGAAGAAUCGCUACACGUUGAAACGAAACCACCGAGACCUCCACCUCCGAAAAUAAAAUCGAAUGUGCCGGCGAAUCCAUUCGACGAGGAAGAAGACGAAGCGAACGAAAGUGAGAUUGUACCAGUUAUCACAAAACCUUCACCACGGAAAACACCGGUACCAACACCACGCAAACAACACAAUCACAAUGACUCGAUUAGUUCCGUUGAAACAUCCUUGAUAUCUAAUCAAUUUGGAGGUUCCAAUAUUUCGCUCGCCUCGUCAAUGGAAAGUGGUCAAUCGUCCAUGACGCUCAAUCGGCGCAAAAAAUCCAAAGCUCCUGAUGUUCCCUGUAACAUCAAGCUAUCCAGCGAAAAUAUAUCAUCAAGUCAGACAAUCACCCCACGGAAAAAGCGACCUGCUCCUGCACCACCACCACCAGUGUCGUCUACGCCUAAACAAAACGACUCAAAGACCGCUUCACCCAUUCCAACCCAGCGACUAAUUGCUUUGGAUGCAAGUUUGAUUAGUAAUGAUGACAUGAUCGAACCCACGAGUAAAUUACCAGCAAACGAUACGGUAGUUUACAGACGCACUAUCGUGCCCCUGAAGGUUGAAGAUGACAGUCUAACGCUGGACACUACUCCUACUACUACUACCACAACUAGCGAACGACAGUGGGAGAAAAUGAAGGACAACAAAGAAGCGCAAAAUCGGAACCGACAAUCGCAAACGUCACCAAUAAGCUCCCAACCCGAUUCGUAUAACAGUUUCAUGUCCAACAAAUCACAGCAGGGCAAAUGGAAACGACGCAAAGGGCCGGCGCCGGCUCUACCUGUUCCGCUUCCCGAGCGAAAGAUGAUAAAAAUGUUGCCCCUCAAGGAAAUUCGCCAGGAGAUGGACAUCAUCGAAACUCAGCAGCAGGGCCUCGAAAAACAGGGUGUGAUCCUGGAACAAAUGAUUCGCGAAAGAUGCGAGGGAGCUGAUUUUGAGCUGGAUCUAUCCGGGAUCCAAACGAAUCCCAAGGAAGUCGAAGACCUGAUAAUGCAGUUGUUCGAAUUGGUGAAUGAGAAGAACGAAUUGUUCCGACGGCAAGCGGAGCUUAUGUAUCUACGUAGGCAGCAUCGGUUGGAGCAAGAGCAGGCAGAUCUAGAAUAUGAAAUUCGUCUUUUGAUGGCACAGCCUGAACGCAACAAAACUGAUUCCGACAAAGAGAAGGAAGAGGCGUUAAUUGCAAGGCUAGUAGAGAUAGUGCAAAUGCGUAAUGAGGUCAUAGAUUGUUUGGAAAUGGAUCGCCUCCGGGAGGCCGAGGAAGAUAUGAGUAUCAAGCAGAGCAUUGAGGAGCGAGCGGCCAACCAACAGAAGCAAGGGAAAAAGUAUUCCGACACCGAGAAAUCCGAGAAAGUGAAUGGAGGAGACUCAUCGGUGAAGUUAUCGAAGAAGGAAAAGAAAAAACUCAAGGAAACCAAGAAGUUGGUUAAAUCGAAGAAAAUUGAUUUGGAAAAGGAUGCUGACGAAACCGAGAGCAGCACUAAAGAGAAGAAAAAGAAAAAGAAAUUCUUUGCUGAUUUUCUACACCAUAAGUGAGCUUAUUGUCCUAAACAUAUAUAUCCGAAAAUAUUUUUGUAAUCGAUUAUUACUUGCAAAAAUACUAGAGUGUAAAAGAAAA